AUGUCCGGUCUCGCCCUACCUACCAACAAAGCCGCGUCCAAGCGCCCUGCGCCCCAGAACAACGCAGUGGCGAGCUCGUCCAAGCCGAGCGGGGCAGGCGCGAACCCAAGCAGCGGAGGGAUGGAUGAGGACGACGAGGAGUUGAUGGAGAAGAGGCCGGUCAAGGCGGUGGUGGGCGUGCCAGAGAUUACAGCGGUGCAGGGAUUGGUUCCUACCCUUCAGAAUAUCGUCGCUACGGUGAACCUGGAAUGUCGGUUGGAUCUCAAGACGAUCGCGCUGCAUGCUAGGAAUGCAGAGUAUAACCCAAAGCGAUUCGCCGCAGUCGUCAUGCGCAUCCGCGAUCCCAAAACCACCGCCCUCAUCUUCGCCUCUGGAAAAAUGGUCGUCACCGGCGCCAAAUCCGAGGACGACUCCCGCCUCGCCUCGCGCAAGUAUGCGCGCAUCAUUCAAAAGCUCGGCUUCGACGCGAAGUUCGCAGAGUUCAAGAUUCAGAAUAUCGUCGGGAGUUGCGAUGUCAAGUUCCCGAUUAGGCUGGAGGGGCUGGCGUUCAGCCAUGGAGCGUUCAGCAGUUAUGAGCCAGAGCUCUUCCCCGGUCUGAUUUACCGGAUGAUGAAGCCAAAGGUCGUCCUCCUUAUUUUCGUCUCUGGCAAGAUCGUCCUCACAGGCGCCAAAGUCAGGGAAGAGAUCUACAUGGCGUUCAAUCAGAUCUACUCUGUGCUCGUCGAAUUCCGAAAAGAGGCAUAG